CGACGAAGGCGAAUGUUUUGUAUGAGCGUGCGUGCGUGCGUGCGUGCAUGCGUACGUGCGUGCGUCUAAAUCGCGUCUAAUCUUUUCUUACAUAUUUUUUUCUUUUCUUUUCUUUUCUUUUCUUGAUUUUAUUUUUCUUUAUAACCCUUAGCCGUUUCGUGCAUCUUCUCUAGAGAGUGUAUUUUACACGUGUCGUAUUUGUUUAUUUUUUUUAUUUUACGUCUGCUGUAUUGAAAAAACAUCGACGUCGGUCGUCGACGUUUAUCGUCAACGGUAUCAUCCUCUCGUCGUUUCUACCACCACCACUUUGAUGUAUUUUUCUACCGAGCAGAAAGAAGCGCGAUCUCCUAUCUAUUAUGAAUUUCAAAGAAAAUAACAAGAGGAACUCUACAAUUGUAGCUCUAAACGAUUUGACUAUUUCAUUAAAUGAUAAAAAUUUAUCAUGUACAAUUUAAACGUGAACGUGAAUCCUAGUCCAGCGGCUGCCGCGGGUCUUCUCGGUGUCGCGGCGGCCGAGGUCACUCCGAGGACACCGGAAAUCGUAAACUCUUUGAUCGCCAUGACCAAUCCCUUCGAGGACUAUGCCAACGAGAAAAGCAGGGAUCGUACCGAUUCGACCAGCAGCGGCGAACCGAGUCCACCAAGCGUCCAACACACUUGCAGUCAGCUUAUCAAAGAAGGCCUGAAAUUGACGCUACAAACUAAAAGACGAGCAAACGGAAGUGGGGACGAGGGGAAGAAGAGGACUAAAAGGGAGGAUGGUAGCGCAGACGACGAGGAGGAGGACGACGGGAGCAACAAUAACAACAACAACAAUCGGGGUGGAUUGACACCAGAGGACGAGGAGAGACGACGGAGGAGACGAGAGAGGAACAAAAUAGCAGCUACCAAAUGUCGGCUGAAGAAACGAGAGAAGACGGUGAUUCUGGUCCAAGAAUCGGAGACCUUAGAAACACAAAAUCACGACCUCAAAUCACAGAUCCAGGAGUUGGAGAUGCAAAGGCGUAGGUUGGUCGAUAUGCUCAGUUUACAUGGACCAACUUGUUUGAAACAAGGUGGUGCUACAGAUACCUCUUAUCAGCAAUAUGCCGACCCAUUGCAUCUACCGAGUUACCAGGACAACUUUGUUCAACCACCACCAGCCUUGAAUCAACCUGAAAACUGUGUCACGGAUUAUCCUGUCAAAAUCGAGGAAUACGAAGGUGAUUUCUAUCGGCAGGGAAGUCCUUACGUACCAACCACUGAUUCUGGUUGCACCGUUUAGCUUUAACUUAAUCUUUACGGUUUUUCUGAGAGAAGAUUAUCGAUGAAUCUGUUUGAUCUUGAUCAAUAGUGGAAAGACUACAUAUGCAUUCCACACAUACAAAGAUAAUUAUAACAAAGAACGAUAAUUAGACUAGUUUUGGAAUUUGUCUCAAAGGAUUUCUGUUGGUCAUGUUUCUUUAACCCUUCCAUGCAUUUAUUUAGUUGAUUUAUUUUCAAAAAAAAAAAAAAACAUAUAUCGACUAGUUAAAAUGAUGGACAAAUUUUAUAUAAUGUUAACGUGUUAUUAUUAGUGCAUUUAAGGGUUAAAAGUAAUUAAAUCGGGCAGACUCUAAUUAAUCUUCUCUCAUUUUUUCGUGACAAGUCCUUAGCUCGUAAGUUUAUACAUAUUUUAUUAUCUGUGUAAAACGCGAACAAUUUUUUGUCUUUCCUUCUUUUUCUAGCUUUACAUUUUCCACUUCUCUUACACGUCUGUCUUCCCUUAUUUACAUUUUCUCUUUUCUUAUUUUUUUCCCCCUUUUUGCUCGUAAUGUUCGAUAGAGAACGCUCGAAGACAUUCCUUCGUAAUAACCGUACUUUGACAUUCUUGUUUAUUGUAAUUCGUAUAAUGAACAGAUUCGCUUGUCGCAGAUAGUGUUGCAUGCGUUUCUCAAACAAUUGACAAAUAUUUUUCAUUUAUUCUCUGACAAAAGAUUGCUUAUCCAAUAUAUACGUUAAGUAUUUUUGUUGAUAUUGGCCUUCAAAGGAUACUUAUAAUUAUUAUGAAUAUAUUAUUAAUGACAUUUAAUAUAUUAUACUUGCAGAUAUACAUACACAUGCACAGUUAAUUAUUGAUGUAUAUUUUACCAUACGACAGAUUGUUAUAUUUGUUAACAAAAUCAAAAAUAAGUGCCUAACGAUAUACCUCAGUUGUGGGUAGUUACCCUCCCUCGGUACGUUUGACAAAAAUGGAUCUUUUCAUUAUUGAGAUAAUAUAUAUAUAUAUAUAUAUAUAUAUAUAUAUACACAACAUAUAGAUUAUCCUUAUAUACAUCUUAGGUGUAUAUUUUUGCAAAUAUUUGGUAAUUCUGUACAAUAGAACGUACCUUGGGUAUAUGAAAAGGAGUUCUUGCAAUUAACGUAAGUUAAUGAAAUUGUUAGCGCAGAAGAACCGUACAAUAAUUAAGAAAUGUGCUUAAAAUAGAUGAAUCAAUGCUUCUCUUUACUAGAACACUGCUGCCAUACAAUCAAAGUGAUCUAAGUGAUAAACAAAGUCUUCCUACGCUUCCUUUAAUUGAAGCGAAGAGAAGAUUUAUUUUUUACGUUGUGUUAUUAUGUACGGAAUUAUUACGUAUACAAAAUUUUUUUUAUUAUCAAUAAUUUAAGAAUAUAUUUAAAUAAGAGCGAACCGAGACAGUCAGUCAUACAUAUGUGGUGCUUUAGAUAUUUUUUUUUUAUUAUUAUAUUAAAUUUUGUUAAGUUGCCUUGAAAGAGUAUUUAAUAAUUUAAUAGAAAUGAUAUAUAUAAGAGAUUAAUAGCCUCGCGUCUCAUUGGUGUCUAUUUCUAUUUCUAAUAAAUCAUUAUCUUAGGAAUGAUUAAUAUAUAGGAUUCAAAGACAUGUUGAAAUUUAUAUUAAAAAAUCAAAUUAUGUUUUGAUUCCUUUAUAUGCAAUUUUUUCCCUUUUGUUGUGAUUCUUUCGCUUUAAACAGAAAGUAUUUCUUAUGUCUUUGAACGUAUUUCGUAGAUUCAUAAGUAUUUGUACAUGCGAGUUAUUUUAGUAUCACUUUUGGCAUCUGUUCUUGUAGUUAAAUAAAAAAAUGCAUUACUGCCUUUAUGAAAUACAUAAAAGUGCACAUAAAAUUGCUCGUUAAAACAUGUGCCUUACUUUUGGAGUAUUGCCAAUGUUCGAUAUUCAAUUUGAUCAUUUCUAACAAAUGUUAUAAAGUUUGUACAAAUUUCUACAAGAAAAAAGAUAUAUAAUUUUGCGCAAAUUUUUCGUUAUCGUAUAAUCACUUUAUGUUUCUAGGUUUCUUUUACUUCAAUUUAUACUAAAAUCCCUCCAAACAUGUUUUUUUCUUGUUGUAGCUUUUUCCUCGAUCAAUUCUUUCUUUUGUCGUAAAUAUAAAUCGUGUAAUAACCGCUAACAUAAUACUAGCAAAAUGGCUUAAUAAAAUUAAUAUUGUAAAUCUAGGAAGGAAACAUUAAUCUUCGAAAUAAAAGUGCCUUGGA